CGCUUCUUGUGUUCGCGGUUGCCAGCGACGGCGAGGGCAGCACACAGCGGCAGCGGCACGGGCACCUCCUCCUCAUCAACUCUGCUUUUUCCGCGUUCGAGGCAAGGACUCUGCGCCUGUGUUAAAUUUCGCUCCUUCAAAAAUUGCCGCCACCCGCCGCCCCACCCUCGUUGCACCUUCACUCCGCCCAGCUGCCUCGUGCCCGGCUCAUUUAAAACCUCGCGAUCAGGGCACUGACUCCCUUUGCGACCCGCCACUUCUUCCCCUCUCGCGACACCCUCCCCAUCUUUGCCUGUGAUGUCUUUCAAGACCGCAAGGGCAUGUCUCUAUGCCGCUGUCAUCGUACUGACGAUCAUCUGCACCGGGAUGGCGGGGUACUUUGCGAGUGUUCUCAUGCAUUCAUCUCUCACUACUUUUGUUCCAUUUGCGCUCUUCGUCUGCGCGUCGAGCAUCCUCAUCUUCUUCUGUCUCCUGGGCUUCAGCGCCAUAUUGGCGCACCGUAACCCCAUCUCCACGAGGAUCGAGCUCGGGUCCCUUGGACUGUCGGGCAUCUUCUGGCUCAGUCUCGGUGCGCUCAUGGCCUCUUCCGCCGCUCAAGAUGCGGACGUCGAGUGCUUCUCGUCGGAGGACUCCACGACCCCCCUGAGCGAGGACCUUGCAUCUUUGAAGACCGACCAGUUCCACGCCAUGUACCGGGUCUUGGAGGCGUUCUCGUUACUGAACGCCAUCCUUGUCCUUGGGUUCUUCCUCAUGCUCUUCGGCUUGGCGAUUCGUCGGCAUAGACUUGGCGAUACGCACAUGUGGGUGGGCCCGGUCACGUCCUGCGCGUGGUUCAACAACUACGGCGGCGGGAACAACGUCCAGCGCAACAACUCUUCCUCGUCCAUCCUGCCGUUCUUCCAAGCGAAGGACCGCCCGGAGGGCUCGAAGAAGCGCACCGAGGGGUCAAAGGCCCAGACUGGGACCGGUGCGCACCUCCCGACGCCCAUCGCUGCGGCGCACAGGCGGUACGGGUCCAACGCCCGCGAGACACCGGCGAUGGAGGAGCGUGCCACGACCUCCCGCACCCCCGUGAGCGUAUCCCGCGCCGCCCGGCAACAUGCGCGCCAGGAGUCCGCCUCGCGCACCGCCGCCGCCCCGCCGCGCAGACAAGACUCCGGCUCGCGCAACCCGCAGCGCCAGAACUCGUCCUCGCGGGCGCAGCCGACGCGACAGGACUCCAGCCGCUCGCGCGCGCCACCUGUGUCGCGCGACAACUCGUCCCGGAGACAGAACUCGGUCUCGCGGCAGAACUCGUCGUCGCGGCGGGACGUGUACCGCUCGGACAGCCGGCGCGCGCGCAAUCGCGACCCGUCCCCGGUGCCGUCCUACAUCGAGUCGUCGCUCGAGGAUUACGAUGCGGGCUACAUCGCGAAUCCGUACGACAGACGCUGAGCGCGGGGCCACGGCGCUGGCGCUGGCCCCUAUAUAUAAUGGAAUGAAUGACGAGCAAACAGGAUGAACUCUGCUCUGCGGAGGAAGAAGCCUUGUACGUAUGUAUUCACGACUGCACGACUACUAUCUACAUAGAAUAAGAUUAUUUCCUUGGCGGGAUGUAUUAACGGAUCACCACUUACCUUUUGGGUAUAUAUACGUGUUGUGAGAAGGA